AUUGUUAGAUUAUAUUCAUGUGUUUAACUACAAAUUACAAUUAGACAAAAUGAAAUAAUCAGCUAAACACUUGAGGGUUGAGCUAUGAGUGAUGAAUUUGACCCUUACGAACCAGGAAAAGAUGCAAAGAAAGAUGAGACACAAAAAGAGAUAUUUAAUGUUAGUGAACUAAUAGGAAACGAGAAUCCAAAAUCAAAGGAUGAGGUUAUUAUUGAAGAUUUAUUGGGAGACUUUUCUACUCCCUGGGUAAGCGAAGGUGUUAAAACUAUCUCCAAUUCUGAAAAUAUUUCAAAAACCAGCUUCUUUCUCCUUGAUCUAGAUACGAACGACUCAAGUAAUCCUGAUUUUGGAACAUCUCAGAACAAAAGACUUGAAGAAGCUGAAGAUAUUGAUGAAGAGGAGGAUGAGGAUGAAGUUACUUUGGAGAACAGUCAAGCCAGUGAUCUUCUUUCCAUCAACGACGACCUUCCACAGAAUGACGAGUCUGAGUUAUCCUCGGGGUUUUUCUUCAAUGAUUUAGUUAAAGAAGAGAGAACCGGAUUCUCCACGAAAUCUUCAGCAAAAGAUGUUUUUAAUGGACCAAAAGACAAUGUACAGAUCCUUCCAGAUCCUCAAAUAAUAAAUCCAGAACCUCAAGAUAUUCUUUCCUUCCUUGAACCUGAAUCCAAACCUGGAGCUGAGGAUCCAUUGAAACCAAAGUUCCAUCUCGGGAUAGUUGAUCCCAAGUCUGGGUUUCUCACCGAACCUUCUCUAUUCACCAGUCUUCAACCCAACCCGGCCUAUACACUUGAAUCUGAGAAGGACUAUACAAGUCUGCUUGAUCUACCAAGAGAAGAUACUACAGAUUCCUUGCCUUAUGAUUCAAGUGAAGUGACAGAGAUUCAAGGGUUUGAAGAUUCUGAGGAUGAAAAUGAUGAUCUGGAAAUAGAACGGGAGAAACCUACAACUUCAGUGUACAGUGUUAAGGAUACUCUAAUCGGAUCAUUUGACCAUGCACCUAAAAAGAACAAAUCUCCAAGAUUGAUACGUCAGGAAGAGAUUGAUGCUGAAUCAGCUGAAAGCGACGAAAUAGAAUACAAUAUUGAGAUUAAACCUGAAGGAGAUUUCAACUCUAUUAAUGAAUCAAAGAGUACUGUUGAGGAACACGAAGAACCAAAAUUAAUGAACAAUAUGGCUCUGAGCAUGGAAGAAUUAGAAAAACAGGUUCGCCCUGUUUUUGAUCACUGUGAUACAGAUAAUGAUGGAUUGAUUUCGAUUGAUCAUUUGAUUCAACUAUGCAAUGAUCAUAAUAAGGAUCCUGAAAAACUGAUAAACCGUUUACAAUUCAAAUUUGAUGAUGAGGGAUCUGAACCCAACCUAAUAGAUUUUAACCAAUUUUUACAGGGUGUAGCAACUUUGCUCGGAAAUGAAGAACAGGCUGAAAACCAAGAAGUCCUACGAGAAACGGAAGAGGAUAAAACUCCAGAACCCUGUACAUCUUCCGCAUUCGGAGUUCCGGACACGUCUUCCUGGUUCGGAGUUCCAGAGAAGAAACAAAAAUUUGAGGAUUCCAUCGACGGGUGCUUGAUGUCGGUGACAAUGAACUCCCACCCCCGCACCAUCUCCCCACCCUCCCCCAGGUCCAACUCCUCCCCCCACUCCCUCACUGACUCCGCCCUGGGAGUCGAGGGGGACUUCUCCACAUCUCCUGAUCUUAGACAAGCAGAUUUCAGUGAUGAAAGAGAAGAAAUUUUAGAAUGCUUUGGAGAAAAAGAUCAUGUGGAUUUUGACAGUGAUGUUACAGACAGUUCUUUUGUUCGGGGGUUCUUGAACCCCUCUCGGGGUGUGCAGGAGGGCGGAACCCCCCUGGGGGAUAUUCCCCGAAAUACCUGGCUACGUACCUCGUUGCGUAGAUCUUCACCUAACACGGAGAACCUUGUCCCGCCCCGUCGCUGGGCAUCUUUUCGUACUCCACGGAACCGAAGUACCGCUAGUUUUGCCUCUGCCCUUUAUCAGUCUGGUAACCCAGCUAGCUUUAACUCUAGUGGAAGAAGUUCUAAUUGUGAUGAUGGAGAAAUGCAAGAUUUACAUUCUGAUAUCUCAAUAGAAGAUGACGUCAUAGAUCUAAACAAUAAGGUUCAGCAGUUGCAGGAACAGGUCGGUAUACUGGCAGAUAAUCAGGCAACAAAUGACGACAGGUAUACUCGUGUAAAACAGGAGAAUGCAGCACUAACUGCUAGAAUCCAUAUGCUCGAGGAACAUAUUCGAGAACUAGAGGUUCGGAGUGAGGAGAGGUUGGGUGAAGAGCAGCGAAGGAACCGUGAGCUGCUCGCUAGACUAGAGAGAGAGAAGCAGCUGGAACUUGAGAACUAUGCAAUCAGGAACAAUGCCUUGGAACAGGAAGUAUCGAGGUUGCGUGAGGAUAAUACUGAGAGCCGGCGUGAAGUAGAACGGUUGCGUGAUGAACGAGCUGGACUUCAGGGUCAACUCAUGGACACGCAGAGGGAGCUGGGGAGGGAGAAGGAGGUGAGGAGGGAGGGGGAGGAGGAGAGAAGGAUGGAGAGAGAGGUCUGGGAGAGGGAACAACAAGCUGCUAGUCAACUCAUACAAGAUCUUUCUAGAGAGGUUGAGGAACAGCGUGAAAUAGUUGUACUUAAUCACCAGACAGAUAGCGGACUACAUAGUGCAGAGGAUAUUGAGAUGAGUGGAGAUUUGAACUCCCGAAUUGCAAACAUGGAAAUUCAAAUCAGAAAUCUAAGAGAUAAAAAUACAAAAUUAGAGGAGAGUAAUGAAGAACUCCAGGCUCAGAUGCUAAAUAAAGGACUGGACGAAGGGCGGAGAUUACUGGAUUCCUCCGCCGCGAACAAUUCCCUUGCGGCAGAAUUUGAAGCUAUGUCAGAAAACGAGUGUCCCGAGGCUUUAUACGCGGAAAUAGAGAAGAUGAGAAAAACAUUGAAGGAGCAGCAGGAGGAGAACAGACACCUCAGGAGCUACAUCGACACAGUCCUACUCAACAUCAUGGAUAAGUACCCAGAGCUCCUCGAGAUUAGAGCUGCAAAGUAGUUACCAAAAUCCGCAAAAAUUUGCACGCAAAAAAUCCAGGGAAAUUCCCAUGAAGGAGUUGACAAUAUGAGUUUGUGUAAACUGUUGGUGAUACAAGAUUUUUUUGUUCUUGAAAAGCAGAAGUUUAGAAAAUUUAACCAUGACGUAAAUGCUUUUGAUUUAUUUUAGAUGAAAUUAACUUUAAAGCUCUUGACUUAAAAAUUUAACUUUAACAGCUAACUAUAUUUAACCAGAAUAUGUUAGGUCUUAACUUAUGAAGUAACAUAUGCAUUUAGGAAAAUAUUUAUUUAAAAUAAUUUGAAUUCGGCCGCUGAGUAAUUUCGUCUUUCAUUAGCAUUAGACUGAAUUUUCAAUGAUAUUGAACACAGGAAAUAGAACUAAAAAGAGAGCUGUAUAGAUGCACACAAUUCACAAACUGUUUCCGGUUCUUUGUUGAUUUUUAGAAUUCAAGCUUUGUAAACAUCAAUACACUAUAUACAGGCCAGAACAUGGAUUUUGUAAAUUGUAAACAAUAAACAAAAAACGGGGAUAUAACAACAUAAAAUUCUCAAGAAAAAAUGGCGAAUGGAGAAAGCUUACGUUGUGAUUUCAACUCGCAGCCGUCCGAAAUUAAAAAAAAAUUUGUCUUAAAUUUGUAAAUUGUAAACCACCCUGUUCUACUUUAUCUAGAUUGUGGACACCCUGUUCUAACAUAUCCAAAUGGAGGGACACCCUGUUCUAAUAUUUAGGAUUGUGGGACACCCUGUUCCAAUAUAUUCGGAUUGUGAGACACCCUGUUCUAAUAUAUCCGGAUUUUGGGACACCCUGUUCUAAUAUAUGCGGAUUGUGGGACACCCUGUUCUAAUAUAUGCGGAUUGUGGGACACCCUGAUCUAAUAUAUCCGGAUUGUUGGACACCCUGUUCUAAUAUAUCCGGAAUGUGGGACAACCUAUUCGAAUAUAGUCGGAUUUUGGGACACCCUGUUCUAUCAUAUCUUGAUAAUGGGACACCCUGUAUUUAUCUGGAUUGAAACCAACUCUGUGAUAUUAUAUAUUUUUGUCUCGUGUAAUCCAAUAUUUGAUUAACAAUAGUAAUGCAGCGUACAUUUUGAUUAGCAAUAUUACAAUUAUUUAAUUAAAAAUCUGUUUUGUGUAAUUCAUAAAUAAAUUUAUUAUUAACGGCUCAACCAAUUCAAGAUUCAUUUUUUAGUAAAUUAAUGUUUAUUUUAAAAUAAAUGAUUAAAUUAAA